UCUGCUGCUCUUCCUGCGGCCACAAAGAGCGGUCCUAGUGCCCUCCAUGUAUCCUAACCGCCAUUCAACAAACAAAGAAGACGAGCGACGAAGCCAAGUUGGAAGUGGUCCAUUGAAAAGUUGAUAGGACAACCUCCUGUACUGUAGAAUGUAGUAUGGACCACAGGACAGGACGAAGAAGUCCCGUUAAGAAACAGUGGAGGCUUAAGAUGCUCUACUAGUCUGCUGGAAAUCCAAAGAAGACGAAGGAGUAAAAAGCAAGAUGGCGUUUGACGGAGAAGGCCUAAACGUGGCCACUGGCCAUUAUUGUUUCUCUAUUUGUAUUUAGUGCAUACAUGUACGCAUAUAUGUGUCGUGUAGUAGAUGAAACAUUCUUAGUCAUUGUUUGUAUCCGGAUACAUUAGUCUGAGCGCACUUUAUCGCCUCUUGUGCUAGUUAGCUUAGCUUGUUAGCUGCUAACAGAAGACACAGAAGUUAUCAACACAUCGCUAAGUAGAGAUCAAGUGUGAGAGUAAAGUGUUGUGAUUGUGUGAAAAUGUGCCAAAGAAGGAUAGCAAAGUAUGAGGAGGAACUUUGUCCAACAAAAGAGGAGAAGGAGCGACAACAUCAACUACUGGACGCUGUUUUCAAGAAACAUCAAAUUGUGUUACACAGAACAGAUGUCCAGCAGCCCCCUCACAUUAAAGAGGAAGAGGAGGAUCCACAGCCCCCUCACAUUAAAGAGGAAGAGGAGAAUCCACAGCCCCCCCCACAUUAAAGAGGAAGAGGAGGAAGUGUGGAUGAGUCAGGAGGGAGAGUGUCCUGUAGGGCAGGAGGAGGCUGAUGUCAGCAAGUUUCCACUGACUGUUGUCUCUGUGAAGACUGAAGAGCAUGAAGACAAACCACCUGAGUCCUCACAGCUUCAUCACAGUCCAAACGUCCAGCAGGUGUCAGCAGAGAGUCAUGAAGAGAUUCCCUCCAAGCAGCAGGAGUGGAGCUCCAGUGUGGGACAGAAGGAGCUACAGGCCCCCUCCCACAUUAAAGAAGAAGAGGAGGAACUGUGGAAGCAGCUUCAAAUGUUGGUGGAGGAUAAUGAUGAAGAUGAAGCUCAGUCCUUACAGCUUCAUCACAGUCAAAGUGAGGAGAACAGAGGGGCGGAGCUUGUAAGUCAACACAUCACAGAAGCUGAUGGAGAGCAUUGUGAAGAUAUAAAGUCGGAUCCAGACAGCAUCUUUGCUCCACGGUCAGACAUGGACCACAUGAUGUCAGACUCUUGUGAUCACAGUGACCACAUUCAAGAACCUUUGGAGAGUAAAAAUGACUCUAAAGGUGAUACGAGACAUCACACUAACAACAAACACUUUGACUGCUCUGAAUGUGGGAAAUCAUUUAGACACAAGAGUAAUUUUACAGUACACAUGAGAAUACAUACUGGAGAGAAACCUUUUACUUGCUCUGUUUGUAAGAAGAGUUUCUCCACAAAGCGUAACAUGACCACACACAUGAGAACACAUACUGGAGAGAAACCUUUUACUUGCUCUGUUUGUAAGAAGCGUUUCUCCACAAAGCAACACAUGACGAUACACGUGGGAAAACACACUGGAGAGAAACCUUUUACUUGUUUUGUUUGUAAGAAGAGUUUCUCCACAAAGCGUAACAUGACCACACACAUGAGAACACAUACUGGAGAGAAACCUUUUACUUGCUCUGUUUGUAAGAAGCGUUUCUCCACAAAGCAACACAUGACGAUACACGUGGGAAAACACACUGGAGAGAAACCUUUUACUUGUUUUGUUUGUAAGAAGAGUUUCUCCACAAAGCGUAACAUGACCACACACAUGAGAACACAUACUGGAGAGAAACCUUUUACUUGCUUUGUUUGUAAGAAGAGUUUCUCCAGAAAGCUUGACAUGACCACACACAUGAGAACACACACUGAAGAGAAACCUUUUAUUUGCUCUGUUUGUAAGAAGAGUUUCUCCAUGAAGCUUGCCAUGACCAUACACAUGAGAAAACAUACUGGGGAGAAACCUUUUAUUUGCUCUGUUUGUAACAGGAGUUUCUCCAGAAAGUUUGACAUGACCACACACAUGAGAAUACAUACGGGAGAGAAACCUUUUACUUGCACUGUUUGUAAGAAUAGUUUCACUAUAAAGACUGUCAUGACCAGACACAUGAGAAUACAUACUAGAGAGAAACCUUUUACUUGCUCUGUUUGUAAAAAGAGUUUCUCCAGAAAGCCUAACAUGUCCACGCACAUGAGAACACAUACCGGAGAGAAACCUUUUACUUGCUCUGUAUGUAAGAAGACUUUCUCCAGAAAACAAAACUUGACAGCACACAUGAGAACACACACUGGAGAGAAACCGUUCAGAUGAACUGUGUGUGAUAAGAUGUUCCGGGUUAAGUAUAAAGUCAGUAAACACAAGUGUGUAACAGUCACGGAAGCUGCAGGAAUUUAAAAACACUUAAAACAGUGAUUGUGCAAAAUUUACUUUAUGAACACAGUAUGGUUAAUAUGAAUGUAUAUUUGAUGUUGUAUGUAGUGCUUCUCAUCUUCUACUGUUAUAUGUUGUCCUGGAAUUACUUUUUAAAGGCCUACUGUAAUGAGAUUUUCUUAUUUAAACGGGGAUAGCAGGUCCAUUUUAUGUGUCAUACUUGAUCAUUUCGCGAUACGGCCAUAUUUUUGCUGAAAGGAUUUAGUAGAGAACAUCGACGACAAAGUUCGCAACUUUUGGUCGCUAAUAAAAAAGCCUCGUCUGUACCGGAAGAAGCAGACGAUGUGCGCGUGACGUCACAGGUUGUGGACUCCCUCAAAUCCUUACAUUGUUCACAAUCAUGGCCACCAGUAUCGAGAGCGAUUCAGACCGAGAAAGUGACGAUUUCCCCAUUAAUUUGAGCGAGGAUGAAAGAUUCGUGGAUGAGGAAAGUGAGAGUGAAGGACUAGAUAAAAUGAACAAAAUAAAGACUAUACAGUGAGAGUGAUUUAGAUGUUAUUAGACACAUUUACUAGUAUCAUUCUGGAAAAACCCUUAUCUGCUCAUUGUGUUACUAGUGUUUUAACGAGAUAAUAUGGUCAUAUCUGUACAACUUGAAGGUCGGCCCCGCACCUUUCUUCAGCACCAGUUGACGGGUGGUGGCGAUGCCCAUCUCUGCCAUUCGCAAGGGACCCUCUUCGAAACACGAUCUUUCGAAAUGAUCGCUGCAUAAUACACUGUACUUUGUGUGUGUGGUCUAAUCCAACCGUGUUCGCUUGACAUCUGUGUUCCAUAGUAAAAAUUCACCGUCAUCUUUCGGAAAUGUAAACAAGAAAACACCGGCUGUGUUUGUGUUGCUAAAGGCGGCUGCAAUACACCGCUUCCCACCUACAGCUUUCUUCUUUGACGUCUCCACUAUUCAUUGAACAAAUUGCAAAAGAUUCAGUAACACAGAUGUCCAGAAUACUGUGGAAUUAUGCGAUGAAAGCAGACGACUUAUAGCUAGGAUCAGGGCUGGAACCAAAUGUCCUCUACAAUGCGUGAUGUCACGCGCACGCACAUCAUACCGCGACGUUCCAGCAGGAUGGUUCGGCGCAAAUUUAAAAUUGCAAUUUAGUAAACUAAAAAGGCCGUAUUGGCAUGUGUUGCAAUGUUAAUAUUUCAUCAUUGAUAUAUAAACUAUCAGACUGCGUGGUGGCUAGUAGUGGCUUUCAGUAGGCCUUUAAGUUGUGUGCAUUUAUUGAAUAUCAUAUAUGUAGUUACUAUUUUUUUUUUCCUCAUCUUUGAAGAGAGGAUAAGUUAUUAUUUCCAUUAGGGGUGUUGUUGUUUCUUAUAAAUCCACACAUUUUUUUUAUUUGAUUUUAUUGAUAUUAUUAUUCAAUUAAAAGUAAGGAUGAACAAAAUUGCUAUUAAAAUGUGGAUUAGCAGCA